GUAUAAUUAAAAAAUUUAACGAGCCUUACCUGUAAGGUGAAGUUGGAUACAUGGAUCGCGAAUGUGAGUUCGCGUUGCAUCAUGGGAUAGGGUUCAAAGUCCAAUCGGGCAUAAGUUUAUGCUAAUUGCAACAGGUUGACAUAUAAAUCUUGCCCGGAGAAUUGCUUUACGACUUUUAGGCUCGUGCUUUAGUUAUUUUUUUUAUCUGAUAAUGGAUGAAAAUGACAAAAACAUCGAGAAUGAUCAUCCAUCUUUUGAUGAAGUUGCUAUGUGGAGAGUCGAAGCCUUGAAAGAAUUCCUCAGGAAGAGAAACCUCAAGGUGACAGGUAAAAAACAAGAAUUGGUUGCUCGAGUAUUUGCGGCAUUUGAGCAAAGAAUACCGAUAAGCUUGCAAGGAGCUUCCCUAGUCAAACAAACCAAAGAAGAACAAAGUAGACUUCUGACAACAGACGAGGGAAUUUUACCUGAUCCUUUGACAUUGAAAGAUUGUUGGUUUGGGGAGGUGAAAGGAAUAAGUCAAUGGCCACCAAUAUUUUUAAGCGACAUAACUAUGUACAUUAUGAAAGAUCACCCAGGUAAUAAUAUCUCACUUCAGACUCGUCUUCUGAAUGAAUACAAGGAAGGAAAAGCUUACAGAUUAUAUGAUACGGGUUGGCUGAAAGAAAUUUCCAUCAAUCAUAUCAAAGAUAAUUCCAAGUAUUGCUUUAUGAAAGCACGAUGUACACCGUCGAUGAAAAUCAACGACACUCCUCACAAUGUCUGGAUUUGUGCCUCGAAAGUUAAAGGAUCUAUUCAAAGUGCGUAUUGUUCUUGUACUGCUGGGUAAGUUUACCUAGAGUUUUAUUGCACCGCUAAAUUAU